CUGUUGCGUCUUUCCGGUUUUGAUUAGCUCGUCCAUGCUCUCGCUCCCGGAACGGAGAAUUCUUCCUCACACCGCAGGCGGACUGGAGAAUUAAAACCACAGCGACGAUGUUCAAGCUGGAAGGACUCGGACCUAAAAUGGAUCCGGAGGAGAUGAAAAAGAAAAUGCGACAAGACGUGAUAUCGUCUCUGAGGAACUUUCUUAUUUACGUCGCCCUUCUCAGAGCCACUCCGUUUGUGUUAAAGAAGCUGGACAGCAUAUGAAUGGAGCAGCUGAUGGGUUCUCUCCACCGUCCACUGAGUUUCCUUCAUCAGAAACAGCACGGACCACCAUCAUCAUCUUCAUCGCCAUCAUGAGCAGACAGCUGGGGCCACAGCAGCAUCACCCCCACGGGGGACGACCAGUGUCUGUCCAACAGUGCACCGCAGAAAACAAACCUGUUAUCAAUUCUAGUCUUGUUUCUUGUUGUAAACUGUAGUCUGACUUUAUACUUAUUAUUUUUUGUUAUAUAAAUUGUUGAUUGUUUAAUCCUGCGUCAUGCAAUAAAGGGACACCAUGUUGAAUCUG